UUGACAGUAAUUUAUUUGCAACUGUAUUGAUUUAAGCAUAUAUUUUAGUGUUUUUAUUUUAUUUUUUAUUAUUUUCAUUGCUGUUGUUGUUUUUGUAUUCCCUGAACCCCCCUUAUUUUUAAGCUGCUUUAAGAACAAUGAAUUUAUUUGAAAGAAAAAAAGUAAAAAUGCAUUUAAACAUUUUUUUUAAGAGUGAUUUUUUUAAAGUAUAACUAUUUGGAUGAAUUGCAAAAAAGCACCCUUAUUGAACUCUGAGUGCGAGUUGAGCCCAUCCUCACAACAUCAAACAAAAAGUAGAAGAAGAAACUCAACGAAUAGCUGGUGGAUUCUAGAACUUUCUGUAAAUGCAGCAGGUGCCAUUUUUGUUUUAUCAACGGACGGAGAUGGAUUACGAACUUGCAAGUCCUGGUGUGCUCUGUUCACUUUCAACCGAGGAACUCUUAACAAAAAUACAAGAGUGGGGCUUAGAUGUCACCGAAGCUGAAGCUCAGCGUUUCAGAGACAAUGAGGUUGAUGGUGACACAGUUGACUGCGGUCUUACUGAGACUAUGGUUGCAUACCUUUUCCAAGGAUCCUUCAAAAAGCAGGUUAAAUUCAACCAAUUUGUGUCAAGGAUGAAGGAAUCUUCAGUGACGCUGACUCUACAGACUGUCUCUCCAGAAGACUGGCAACCAUCUACUUCGUCAACUUCAAUAAGCAAUGAAAAUACUUUGAGACUGCCAGCCUCUUUUGAAAUUCCAAGAUUUCCCAAAAAUCUGCAACUAAAACUGGACAACAAAGAACCGUGCCAUAAAAAUCCGAGGGACAGACACACAAUAAUCAGAGUUCUAUAUGAAGCUGUGGCACAGUAUACUAUGUAUCCCACAAAUUCUGAAUAUGUGCAAGCUGUGAAGACGCUGGUAAUGAAGUAUCCUUUCCUCAAGGAUCGUGAGGGAAAUGGUUAUCACACAUGGCAUAUGUCUUUGAGACGUAAAUUCAAAUCAGAGCGGGCACCACUAGUCGACAGUGAGGCAGUGAGGCGUUGUAAGGAGAAGUUUGGUUCUACGAGGAGAGGGCAGCCUAAUAAAUGUCAACGAACAAGUCAGAGAAAUGUUUGUCAGGGACCAUGCGUCCAAGGAGAGGAUUUAUUAUCCAUAGACGCCCACUUAAAGGUCUUACAGUGCCAAUAUCAGAAGAUGCAACCAGAUACCAUGGUGGUUCAUAACCGUAUGCAGCAAACGUUUGCUUGGCGGCAAAAAGAAAUUGCAGAUGGUAUGCCUGUGGAGGAUGUGUUGAAGAAGUACCCCUUCUUAGGGAUGCCUACUGGUCUGUGCAACGAACUCGGGUGGAUCCAACCAACAACGGGUAAUGUAAGCCAGCGAUUUCGUGAAGGGCUCUCAUGUGUUGCAGCAAAGGUGAUUGACCUUACACGAGGGAAAACCCCACUCUACCAGCUCUACCUUGAUGCAAGAGAGGAGGCUCUCACUGAUGACCUACCAGAUCUUGACACAAGGGCUGCACUUUUAUUCCUGCCAUACGUCUUCAAGGAGAAACUGGAUCUCUUUGUCAUACUUGGAGAGGUUCAUCCUAAAACCCCCUAUCCAACUGUUCAGCUACUUCAUGAAGACUGGAAAUCAGUGUUCUCCAGAAGCGCUCCAAACAUUGUGAAGUUGGAUGGCAGUGAAGUGUGCAGAACCUCGUGUAUUUUUGAAGGAAUCAUCUCUUCUUUCUGCUUGUAUUUUGUCUUCAACCUUGCUUACCCAAAACAUCUGAAGAACACCCUGAUUUUUCUCCAAAAGUACAUUGUGAAAAUAGAUGAGGGUGAGGACCGGCCUCUGCCAAUCACAGUCACCAGACAAAUAAACCUUCUGUAUUGACCACCAUGCCUCAGCCAUAUCAGUGCUCCAAAUGUGGCAGAAGAACCUUUAGUUUGAUAAAGCUUAUUCAGCACAUAGGACUUAUUCAUUCCCAUGAUGUCAAUUUUGACAUAACUUGUGGACUCAGUGACUGCUGUUCUUCUGUUACACAAGUGUCAUUAUUUAAUCCACUAUGCAAGACUGAUUGAAAUGUUCGGCCCUCUACGUUUGUUAUGGUGUAUGAGAUUUGAAAGUAAGCACCAGUAUUUCAAAACGUUGUCCCGCAAUUGUAGAAAUUUUAUGAACAUUGCUACAACUUUGAGCAACAGACAUCAGUUCAGACAGUGCUGGGAGUUUUCUAACAAAAGUUUACUUGGUGAAUUUGAAAAUGUUUUUGGAAAAAGUGUGACUACACCAUUUUUGUCAUUACCACUGGAACUGCAACAAGCACUGACAGUCUAUUGUGGCUUUUCUGAAGUUGAUAGUGCUAAGACCUAAGAAAGCUUUCCAGCGUGUGUCAGAAGUAAUUGUGAACAGUGUCAAAUACUGUGUAAGAGAUGUGUUUGUCAUUGAUGUACUGCAUUCAGAGAAGAUUCCUCUGUUCUGGCAAAUUAAGUACAUAUUUAAUAUUGACACAAUGUGGGUCUUUUGUGGAAAAAUUCUCAUUCCUCUGUUAUAUGACAACCAUUUUCAUUCAUACAGUGUUAGAGUUGGUAGUGAAUGGACGUUGCUAAAACCUGGACAGGAAAUUGAUGUUGCAGCUUAUGACAUACUCUGUUGAUAACAGUCUGUAUUUAAGAAGGUAAUAAAUGUGACAAGUAUUUUUGA